GGGGCAGCUCCACCAGCAGUGCUGUGAAAAGUGGACCCUGGUUAACGAUGAGACCCAAGCCAAGAUGGCCCGGAUGGCUGCUGCAGCUGCAUGGGGUUUAGGUCAGUGGGACAGCAUGGAGGAAUACACCUGUAUGAUCCCUCGGGACACCCACGAUGGGGCAUUUUACAGAGCCGUGCUGGCGCUACAUCAGGACCUCUUCUCCCUGGCACAACAGUGCAUCGACAAAGCCAGGGACCUGCUGGAUGCUGAGUUAACUGCUAUGGCGGGAGAGAGCUACAGUCGGGCAUACGGGGCCAUGGUUUCUUGCCACAUGCUGUCCGAGCUAGAGGAGGUUAUCCAGUACAAGCUUGUCCCCGAGCGACGCGAGAUCAUCCGCCAGAUCUGGUGGGAGCGGCUGCAGGGCUGCCAGCGUAUUGUGGAGGACUGGCAGAAAAUCCUGAUGGUGCGGUCCCUUGUGGUCAACCCUCAUGAGGACAUGAGGACCUGGCUCAAGUAUGCAAGUCUGUGUGGCAAGAGUGGCAGGCUGGCUCUUGCUCAUAAAACCUUGGUGUUGCUCCUGGGAGUUGAUCCGUCUCGGCAGCUUGACCAUCCUCUGCCAACAGUUCACCCUCAGGUGACCUACGCCUACAUGAAAAACAUGUGGAAGAGUGCUCGCAAGAUCGAUGCCUUCCAGCACAUGCAGCACUUCGUUCAGACCAUGCAGCAGCAGGCCCAGCACGCCAUCGCUACCGAGGACCAGCAGCACAAGCAGGAGCUGCACAAGCUCAUGGCCCGGUGUUUCCUGAAACUUGGGGAGUGGCAGCUGAACCUCCAGGGCAUCAAUGAGAGCACAAUCCCCAAAGUCCUGCAGUACUACAGCGCUGCCACGGAGCACGACCGCAGCUGGUACAAGGCCUGGCACGCGUGGGCAGUGAUGAACUUCGAAGCUGUGCUCCACUACAAACAUCAGAACCAAGCCCGCGACGAGAAGAAGAAGCUGCGUCACGCCAGCGGGGCCAACAUCACCAACACGACCACUGCCUCCAGCACAGCAGCUGCCACCACCACCGCCACCAGCACUGAGGGCAGCAACAGCGAGAGCGAGGCUGAGAGCAGCGAGAACAGCCCUACACCCUCUCCUCUGCAGAAGAAGGUCGCUGAGGAUCUAUCCAAAACCCUCUUGAUGUACACUGUCCCCGCCGUCCAAGGCUUCUUCCGUUCUAUCUCCUUGUCACGAGGCAACAACCUCCAGGAUACUCUCAGAGUCCUCACCUUAUGGUUUGAUUAUGGUCACUGGCCAGAUGUAAAUGAAGCCUUAGUGGAAGGGGUGAAAGCCAUCCAGAUAGACACGUGGUUACAGGUUAUACCUCAGCUCAUUGCAAGAAUUGAUACGCCCAGGCCCUUGGUGGGCCGCCUCAUUCACCAGCUUCUCACAGACAUUGGUCGGUACCACCCCCAGGCCCUCAUCUACCCCCUGACUGUGGCUUCUAAGUCUACGACCACAGCCCGUCACAAUGCAGCCAACAAGAUUCUGAAGAACAUGUGCGAGCACAGUAACACCCUGGUGCAGCAGGCCAUGAUGGUGAGUGAGGAACUCAUCCGAGUGGCCAUCCUCUGGCAUGAGAUGUGGCACGAAGGCCUGGAAGAAGCUUCUCGUUUGUACUUUGGGGAGAGGAACGUGAAAGGCAUGUUUGAGGUGCUGGAGCCCCUGCACGCGAUGAUGGAACGGGGACCCCAGACGCUGAAGGAGACAUCCUUUAACCAGGCAUAUGGUCGAGAUUUAAUGGAGGCCCAAGAGUGGUGCAGGAAGUACAUGAAAUCAGGGAAUGUCAAGGACCUCACCCAAGCCUGGGACCUCUAUUACCAUGUGUUCAGACGAAUCUCAAAGCAGCUGCCUCAGCUCACAUCCUUAGAGCUGCAAUAUGUUUCCCCCAAACUUCUGAUGUGCCGGGACCUUGAGCUGGCUGUUCCAGGAACAUAUGACCCCAACCAGCCAAUCAUUCGCAUUCAGUCCAUAGCACCAUCUUUGCAAGUCAUCACAUCCAAGCAGAGGCCCCGGAAGUUGACACUUAUGGGCAGCAACGGGCAUGAGUUUGUUUUCCUCCUGAAGGGCCAUGAAGACCUGCGGCAGGAUGAGCGAGUGAUGCAGCUCUUCGGCCUGGUUAACACCCUUCUGGCCAAUGACCCAACAUCUCUUCGGAAGAACCUCAGCAUCCAGAGAUAUGCAGUCAUUCCUUUAUCAACCAACUCGGGCCUCAUCGGCUGGGUCCCCCACUGUGACACGCUGCAUGCCCUCAUCCGGGACUACAGGGAGAAAAAGAAGAUCCUUCUCAACAUUGAGCAUCGCAUCAUGUUGCGGAUGGCUCCUGACUACGAUCAUCUAACUCUGAUGCAGAAGGUCGAGGUGUUUGAGCACGCCGUCAAUAACACAGCCGGGGACGACCUGGCCAAGCUGCUGUGGCUGAAAAGCCCCAGCUCCGAGGUGUGGUUUGAUCGAAGAACCAAUUAUACCCGCUCUUUAGCUGUCAUGUCCAUGGUUGGGUAUAUUUUGGGCCUGGGAGAUAGACACCCAUCCAACCUGAUGCUGGACCGGCUGAGUGGGAAGAUCCUGCACAUUGACUUUGGAGACUGCUUUGAGGUUGCUAUGACCAGAGAGAAAUUCCCAGAGAAGAUUCCAUUUAGACUGACAAGAAUGUUGACCAAUGCUAUGGAGGUUACUGGUCUGGAUGGCAACUAUAGAAUCACAUGCCACACAGUGAUGGAAGUGCUUCGGGAACACAAGGACAGCGUCAUGGCUGUGCUGGAAGCCUUUGUCUACGACCCCUUGCUGAACUGGAGGCUGAUGGACACAAAUACCAAAGGCAACAAGCGAUCCCGGACAAGGACAGAUUCCUACUCUGCUGGCCAGUCAGUAG